AUGGAAAAUAAUAAAAGAGGAAGUCCCAAAUUUUCUUUACAACCCAGAAAACCCUUGAGACAAAGGCCUAAGCCUUGGAGACUUAUUGCAAUUGCACUUUUAUUAUUUAUACUUGGUGGAGUAUUUUUAACUAUUGGGACAAAUAAUUUAAUUAGUGGAAAUUUUAGUGAAUCUAUUCCAUCUUUAAUUAUAGGUUCAUUAUGCUUUAUUCCUGGAUGUUAUCAUGUAUUUAUUAUUAUUCAAACCUUAAGAAAUGUUCCUGAUUACUCACUUGAUAUAUUUGAUAGUUAUAUAUAUAAUUAA